UGUCGUGAGCUACGUGCAGAGUUCAGAUUUACCACCAAAUAUCUCAAUCGACCAUCCCAUGAAGACGCAUUAAGAGCGCGCACAUCUCACUAUUCUCAAGCGAUCUGGAGUGCGAAUUUUCUUUUUGUUUUACGAGCAUCAAUGAACUUACAGCCUGCGAUGCUUGUGUUUAUACGAUCAUUGAUUUGUUAAUAAUGCGUACGGAUUCGUGCACACUUAAAGGCUUGAUUUGAUUUAUUUAUCGUCGGUUGUUAGAAGAAAGUAGAAGUCGUGUUAUAUUGCGGAGGCUCAGAAUUUGAGCUCUUUCAUCUGCUUGGGUUUGUGAUCGAGCAGGAGGGAGGAGUGGCGAAGAAACGGCUGGCUCCUGAAUUCUGAAUCCUGCCUAAAAUCCACAAAGAUGAUAUAUCUGCCAGUGUUAUCCAUGACCUCAGAUUUACAGCAUUACAGUUUCAGGAUGCCAAAUAUAGGGUUCCAGAACCUUCCCCUGAAUAUCUACAUUGUGGUCUUCGGGACGGCCAUUUUCGUCUUCAUCCUCAGCCUACUCUUCUGCUGUUACCUGAUUCGGUUACGGCACCAGGCACACAAAGAGCUUUACGCAUACAAGCAGGUUAUUCAGAAGGAAAAGGUCAAAGAAUUAAACUUGCAUGAGAUUUGUGCUGUGUGUUUGGAGGAAUUCAAGCAGAAAGAUGAGCUGGGAAUCUGCCCGUGUAAACAUGCCUUUCACAGAAAGUGCCUUAUUAAAUGGCUGGAGGUGAGGAAGGUUUGCCCGCUGUGCAACAUGCCCGUCUUGCAGCUGGCGCAGCAGCAGAGCAUGUCCGAAUCUGUGCCCCCAACGCAGCAGCCUCUGCCCGGAGUGGAGAACCUGGUGUAGCCCCUCAUUGUUCCUCCUAAAAAUGUGACCACCACUACCUUCACACUCCCUCAUGUACAGGUACACGCUCUCAUCCAAGGACAGAGCGCAGGAUUUGUGCCCGGAGCCACGGUGACCUUUGACCUGCAUAUGUUCAUGUCCUGCCUUGGUGGCUUUACAAAGGAUUAUUAUCUUUUUCCAAAUUACAAUAAUAGAUGAUUUACUCAUCUUAUUUUGGUUUAGCUUUUUUUUUUUUUGUCCUGUGGGACAAUGACGAAGAAUUGAGUUUACUUGGCCAAGCCAUGAUUAAAGUAACUGUUCCACACCAAAGCACUUUUUUUAGGACACCAGUGAUAGGCAAAUAAAAGACAAGGACUAAAAAAAUAACAUUAAAAAAAAAAAAAAAAAAAAACAGAAACAACUUUUUUAACUAAAGUUUUUUUUUUUAAAGCACUUUACACAAAACCCAAACCUAGUUAUGAUAGUAGCAAGAUCUUGUUUUAAAUUUUAUGAUUUCAAACUUUUUUAGAGCCACAGAGCAAACCAUUGGUAUUAUCUUCAUUAGAGAGUGUUAGGUUUAUACUGUAUAUUAAAGGGAUAGCAGCUCUCCAGUGUGUAUAUGUUUGUUUGAGAGUUUUUGUAUUGGCGCUCGGUAUCGAUAGAUACGGUUCGCAGUGACAUUUAGCUGGUGGCCAAAACAAAUGUGAAUGCAGAGUUUGUCUUAUUAAGGCGAGGAUGUGACCCAGCAGUAUUUGAUCUUUGGACUUCUUUAUAUUUGAAAUGCUUUUCAACUGAGGGCUGGAUUAAAUACACACAAACACACACACACACACACACACACACCAGUACAUUCUAGUUCAAGGCCGUGUUCGAUGAGCAUUUGAAGAUAACAAAAAGGCUAAAGCAAAAGCAAAAAAAUAAAAACACCAGGUGGUCUGAUACUUAUUUUUUUCUCUCAAACUUUCUAUUCUAUAAUUAUAUAUAUAUAUAUAUAUAUAUAUAUAUAUAUAUAUAUAUAUAUAUAUAUAUAUAUAUAUAAUACAUUUACUUUUUAGAUGCAACUCCUAUUAUGCUGGCCCACACGUACUGCUCUAAACCCCUUCUGUUUUCACAAAGUCUUCAUAGUUAAAGUAUUAUUGUCUGGCUUCAUUUUUCCCAUCCAGAGAGUCUCUUUUCCGUUUGUUUAUCAUCUAGAGAGUUUUAGUGUUUAUAGAACUAAUGGAAAUAAAAUGCAAAUUAAAGUAGGGGUUUUAACCAAAUUUAAAAUGAACAAAAUGUCCCAAAGUAUAUUUAGUCUUUUUAUGAAUUAUUGCAUAGAUCUGGGGCUUUAUGCCCCAGGUAGGCCUACUGUUGAGCUAUAUUAUAUUUUCAUAUGUUAUUACAUAUCUCGCAUGAAGCUGUGGCUCUAUUCAAAACAGCCAAUGUGGGUGUGCGUCUGUGUGUGUUCGUACCAGCUCUCAUAUUGUGCUGCAUAGCUUUCUGAAAAUAUACUUAGCAUAAAACCCCAGAUCUGUCUCCAAGAAAUAUUAAUAAAUGCAAUGUCACACUAGUGAGUCAAAUCGAACAGGCCACAGAAACAAACAGCGAUUUGACCUGAAGUCGCAUACACAAUUUACUCUACAAUAGUAUCAUUCCAGCCUCUUUCAAUGAAUCAGUCCAGCACAACACCGAAUCCUCAGCCAUCAAGAUCAAUGACCAGCAGGUGCAUUCAGUCAGCAGGAAAGACGCUUCUUUAUUCUCUGUAGUAUAAUAGAAGCUCUGGCUCUUUCCUGCUCUGCUAUACAGCUAGUUUGCAGGGUCAUUCCACCAACCUGCCAUAGGGUCCGGCUGGGUCUCUGAGCCCUCCACGUUAAGCCACUCGAGAAGGGAAAUAUGUAUGAUAUUACAUACACGGACUGGCCACAACUCCACAAACGACGCCAGAUGUGUCAACUUUAUUUUAAUGCCAAGUAAAAUAAUCUGAAGCAAGUUAUGUUUUAUUUAAACCUAAACUAAAUCAGCACUGGUUUGGUUUUAAGCGCUGAUUGAAUGGUUUACUACCCAUUUAUUGCCAAGCAAACUCCCCACCACAAUCUGCAAUGUCUCUUCAUGGUUUUUUGAAAGGCUAGAUUGAGAUGUGAAUUGAGUUGGGCUUAUUUAAUUUUAAUGAAAAGACAUUUCUUUUGGAUUUUUGUUGUUGUUGUUGUGUGUUUGCUCUGGUACUGUCUUAAGAAAAUGUAAAACACUGAGGGUUUCAUUUAGACUUGUAAUUCCUUAUUAUGGACAAAUAUGGUCGAGUCCUAAAUUAGGAUCUCUCCUUCAUCUCUGCGGCAUUUGUAACACAGCAGGUCUUAAAAGUGUCACUCUGAUCACCUAUGUAUGCAUAUAGAGAGCUGUGGUUCAACUGUGUCAAUAUAAUGUGAAAGUAGUUGAAUGUGUCUAAAAUCAAGAAUUACAUUACUGCACUUUUUCAUAUUUGUACUUUUCAGUGCCUCUCCGUUGAAAUGGGGCAAAAAAAAAGAUAAUUUAUUGUGUGCUUAUGUUUAAAACCCGUAACAUUUCAGUAGUACUAACAGCUCUACGUUAGUGCUAAUGCAGAUUUAGGCUUUGUGGAGAUUGUUAAAAGCCAUUUAAAAAUCCACGAUCAGUUUGAAAAGACAUCUAGAAAACUGGAGGUCAAAUUAGCGUGUUUAUACUGGAGUGUUAGGUUACAUUUUGUCUCAAUAUAUCCAAACUAAUGUUUUCUGAUGGUCAUUACUUAAUAUCUGUUUUUUUUGUAAUUUCAAUCAAAACGGAACUGCCAAUGUAUCAGCUACCCCAUUCAUAAGUCAUUAUGAACCAUCAUGACAAUUGUACAUUGCACCACUCUUUUGCCUCCUUCUCUUGCUCCACCCACUAUUGUGACCUCACAGAUGUAAACAUGAGCCCUCCCCUUCUUGUUUUAACACUGCUAAUGUUUGUGAAUCUCACAAACAUGUUUGUAAAAGUAAGAAUUCUGCAGCAGAAUAUUUUCUGUACAGUAUUUGUAAACUAUAUUUUUGUAUAUUUAAUCAACAUUUUGAAGAAAAUAAAAAAAUGCAAAGA